AUGUCUCUCGGUCCACCCGGCGCAAGCCUCAACCCAGAGGAAGCGGACAACUUCGAGGAUAUUGAGAAGCAGUUCGCCGUCAAAGUCGUCCAGCACAUGUCCACCUACUGGGCAAUACUCGAAAAGAUGCGCGGAUCGAAGCUUCGCCUUACUAAGUUCGACGACGAAAUCUACGCCCACUUCAAAAAAGAGUUCCCGGAUUUCGAUGCGACAGCUACAAUCAACGAAGACGAAAUGAAGAGCAAAGCAGGCAAGGAGCGAUGGAGGAACUUCAUCAUGACAUAUGAGAAGAAGAUCGACGAUUACAACUUCGGCACAAUGUUGAGAGCGAACCCAGGGUUCGAGUAUGGGGAGAAGGAAUCAAUCUUUGCGGUGCGCAUGCAGUUCUACGCCAUUGAGAUCGUACGAAAUCGCGAAGGCCUCAACGACUGGAUAUACGAGAAGGCGCAUCCCGAAGACAAGAGAGUGGACGAGACGGCACCCGCCGCGAAGUUGGAGAAUGCUGAGCCUGCCAAGGGUGCUGAGGUCCCGCCUGAGGUUGCGGAGCCGGAAGAAGAGCCAGCUGCUGUGCAGGACAGCGUACCGACUGGUGCGGCCGCGUCAUGA